AUGCAUGUAAAAGCCAUGUCUGAUCCCUGGAAAUUGAAUCGAGAUGUAAGUUUUUAUUCUUGACUCGUUACUGUUUUUAGGUAUGGCUCCAGAUUUUGGAUUGCCUUGACGACGAUAUGGAUGCUCUCUGCAAUCUGGCGAGUUCACAUUCCUUCUUCUACCGGUUGAUUGGAAAGGAUUUCAGGAGAAUCUGCACUCAAAAUCUUAUCUAUCGUCUACCUGGAGAGACAUGGGCAAAAGCCUGUGCUUGGUGGGUACACAUAUUUUUUAUGUUUUCCUAACUGUUUUACUUGUAGUUUAUCUUAUUAUUCUCUAGGAAUUUGUCAAUUUAUAUGCCACAUUUAUAUUAUAUAAGUUUAGUGCGUACACGCGUACAUGGAUGGAUGUAGUUUCUCCUGAUUACUAUAAGAAAAGAGUCAAUAUUGUGAGAGGUUACAAUUCCGAAUUAUUUGGCUUUUUCUAUACACGGUUUGUUGUUGUUGUUAGCUUGGAUUUCUCGAAGCCUUUUUGUCGCUACGUCUCCGUCGAUUUUAACAUCAGACGCGUUGCUUUGCAUGGAAAUGGGAAAUAUCUGGUAGUUUUUGUAAGUUGAAGUAAUUUUUCACUCAUCAAUUUAAAAUUAUAAUAGAUUUUGACCAUUGCCGAAUAUAAAUAUUAUUAUAUUUGAUACUUUUUCAGGGAUUUAGGGAAAUUUGUGUGUUCCGAGUUGAUACUGGGCGAUUGAUUCUGAAACGAUGCCGAGAAGACUUUGUCUUUAGUUGCCUUUCCUGUGUUUACUAUUCGAAUAACACUAUCUUAUACUUCCCCAAGAUGAAAACAUAUCGCCUUCAGCCGAAGGAGACAGUGACGUUCAUCAGCGGAGAUGGAAAGAAUGGCCGAUAUGUGUGGUACAAGACGUUAUCCUCGAGACUGUUUGUAUUGGACACUGAGGACGGACAGAAUUAUCUUGUUGUAGAUGAGGCGUUUGCUAAAUAUGACUGUCAUAUCAAUGUUCUUGGCGAUACCCACUCAUUGGUUAUUGAAGGCAGGUUAUACCUAUUGCCUUUGUUAGUUCUUUAGAUGAACGAAGAAACGAUUUGCGGAUCUUUGAGAUCCACAGUGGACAAGUUUUAUUCAAAUGCAAGUCUCGUGAUGGAAGAUUGAGUUGGUUGGAACUCUCCGAUUACGUCAUCCAGAAUACCAUAACUGGUGAGGUUAGCAAUUAUCCUUGCUGUUGAUUCUCUUUAGAUUAUUUUCUACAACGAAUCCCGACAAAAAUGGACUCUUUCCCCGGACAUCGUACUUGCUCUCGGAGAGCCUCAUGAUUACGGAGCCAUUGCUUUGAGAUCGUUCAGUAACGGGCAAAAGGACAUGGUGGUUGGCGAUUACCAGAAAUCCAUGUAUUGCGAUCCGCUGGUGAAGGUUUUCAUGUUGGAGGUGAAGAAAAGUAAGCGCAGAUCACGGAAUUUUAUCUUGUUUUAACUUUUAGACUCGGUCAAUUUAAAGUCGAUGAAAUGUAUGGUACACUCUACCCACUUCUUUUACGAACUCUACACGAAAUUGCAGAAGCGCAGAGAUUUCUUUGAUUUCAAGCAUAAGUCAGCUGACGCUUUGAUGACGGAAACCUUGAGUCAAGCGAUCAGAAAGAUGUCCAGAACUGGAUUCAAGAGAUCUCCAAAGUUGAAUUACUAA